AUUCGUGCUGGCCAUUUUAGACUCUACCUCCCUCAAACAUCCAGUUAAUUAUCAUCUUAUGUCCAGCUACCUGUUAAUUUUUGGUCAAUUCUAUUGUUUAAUCGAAAUUUAUAUCUACAUCUUUAGUCCAACUUGAUUCUGCAAACUCCCAUCAAUGUAAGGAUACAAGAAAAAAAAUAAAAUCAAAUGAAAUGAAAUUUAACCUUUAGCUGUCUUGUAUUCUUCUGUCAGAUUUAAGAUUUUAUUCUUCACCUUUCUUGUUAAUUUUUGAAAUGGGCCUGCAUUCAUCCCUUUCGUUUUCUGUAUUACUCGUCCAAUCAUUCUUCUUCUACUUGCUUCCAUGCCUACAAUCUAUUUUUCCUUGAAACUCUUUCCAUGAAGAAGAAAACCAUCUUUUUUUCUCUUGUCAGAAGAUGUCAAUUGCUUCCUGUUCUCUUAAGUCUCUUUUUCCUUCGUACUUGUACCAUAGUUAGGGGCCUUGGCUCCUCCUCCACCAUUGCUGCCAUCCAUGGUUUUAACACCGUUUGUGGCAUACUUGUGGGGAAAUCGCAGGGGAUCCAAUGUUUUCAGCAGGGUAGAAUGUUUUCUGCCCUGCCAAACAUCUCCUACGAAGCCAUAUCUGGUGGGCGUGAUUUCUUCUGUGGCCUCAGUUCUGGUGGUUCCGAUCUCUUUUGUUGGGACACGGGAUUUUCCAAUUCCAGUAUCAUUGGCAAGAUAGUUUACCAUAAUACCCUUUCCCCGCUGACUGAUUUAGCAGUUGGGGAUGAUCAAGUUUGUGCAGUGCAGGCAAGAACAGGCAUCAUCCAAUGUUGGGAAAGAGAAGGAAGACUCCGUCUCCUCUCCCCAGCUUUGCCCCCCGUGGGAGAAACUGGUUUCCUUGCCAUCACGUCAGGUGAUGGGUUUUCCUGUGGAAUAGUGAAGGAUGAGAGGAAUGUCUUGUGUUGGGGUGAAAAUGGGAUAGGGGACUUUAUUGAGAGAGAGUUUGGUAGUCUGUCAAUGCUGAGUUUAGUUGCUGGGAAAUCUCAUGUUUGUGGAAUUGCUUAUUCUGGUUUAUUAAUUUGUAAAGGACUUAAUGAUUCAGGCCAACUUGAUGUCCCUUCAGAAAAACCUUUCCACUUUUCGGAGCUUGCUCUUAGUGGGACUUACUCAUGUGCCUUGCAAAGGAACAAUGGCUCGGUUAUCUGCUGGGGCAAUGGAGGAAAUACAUCAGUUAUCACCGACCAGAAGAUUCAGAAGCUCUCAUUUGAGUCAAUCAUUUCUGGUGCAGAUUACACCUGUGGUCUGAGAUCCGAUGAUUUUACUGUGAACUGCUGGGGUCCUGGCUGGUCUGGUAAGCUUGAUACUUUGCUUCCCCUGCCAAGUAUGAUUCCUGGUAAAUGUGUCAGAGAAUCUUGUCAACUUUGUGGUGUGUUUCCGGGUUCAGAGGCACUCUGUAGUGGUGAUACAGUUAUUUGCAGAUCAUGUGUAAUUGAGCUUCCACUUCCAUUAAGUUCCAGAAUAAAUCUAGAGGCAGAGAAUGUUUCUCAGCCACUACCAUCACCAGUUGCAAUUUCACCAUCAUAUUUAGUUUCAUCGUUACCAUCGAAAAAGGAAAAGCACCGGCCUCUCUGGGCAUACGAGAUAUUUGGGUUUGUUGGUAUCAUUUCUGGAAUAUUUGCCUUUGCUUACUUCAUAUACCUUAAAAGAUUAGGUUGCUCAAAAGUUAGGAAGGAUCGGGAUGUUGUGAAGGAUAAAGAGCUUAAUUCUAUUGGGAGUAGCAAUGCUGCUGAAUCAGCUUUUGUAGCAAGUAAUGCUUCCAGUGCACCUCAGUCAAGAUCAUCAUCGAUCACACAGCUCAGUUCUAUGGCCUUGGGACGUACCAGGAGCUGGGAUAGUUCGUCAAAGCACGUGGAGAAGGCAGAGGUGUUCACCCUAUGUGAGCUUGCUGCUGCUACAAAAAAUUUCUCCUUGGAGAAUAAGAUUGGGAGAGGGAGUUUUGGGACUGUGUAUAAAGGAAUACUCUCUAAUGCUGGUUGUGAAGUGGCCAUUAAGAGGGAAGAAAUCUGUGCGAGAAGCAAGAGAGGAUAUGCUUUUGAAUCAGAACUGAUGCUCUUAACUCGGGUUCACCACAAGCAUUUGGUGGGUCUAGUCGGGUUUUGUGAAGAGCAAAAUGAGAGGUUACUGGUUUAUAAAUAUAUGAGUAAUGGAGCUCUGCAUGAUCAUUUGCAUAGCUACAACACUCAGAAAAGUAGCAGCCCCUUGAAUUCCUGGAGGAUGAGAAUCAAGAUUGCUUUAGAUGCUGCAAGAGGGAUUGAGUACCUUCACAACUAUGCAGUCCCACCCAUUAUUCAUCGGGAUAUUAAGAGUUCAAACAUCCUUCUUGAUGCAAAUUGGGUUGGCAGAGUAUCCGACUUUGGCUUGUCAUUGAAGGGUCCUGAGAAUGAGGAAGGGAGUAUGUCGAUUAAACCAGUUGGGACUGUUGGGUAUAUCGAUCCUGAGUACUAUGUUUUAAAGGUUUUGACAACUAAGAGUGAUGUUUAUGGAUUUGGGGUGGUUUUGUUGGAACUAUUGACGGGAAAGAAGGCCGUAUUCAAGGAGGGUGAAAAAAGUGGGCCCACUGGUGUGGUGGAGUAUGCAGGUCCCUUCAUUGUGGCUGGGGAAGUCUGGAAGGUGUUGGAUAAACGGGUAGAAAUGCCAGUAAUGAACGAGUCUGAGGCCGUUGAGCUUCUGGCAUACACUGCGAUGAUGUGCGUAAACUUAGAGGGGAAAGAGAGGCCAACAAUGUCUGAUGUAGUUUCCAACUUGGAGAGGGCCUUAACACUUUGUAAAGGCAGCUCUGGUACCUUCUCUCCCAACUUUUAUUCUUUCAGUGAAAUAAUAGCCUAAGCAGCAAAUAUUACCUGCAUUUAUUUUUCUUUUCUUUCUAAUUUCUAGUACUUUUUGCUUAAUUUUGUUUCCUUAUUUUUGCUAUUUGAUUUAGUGCUGUCCCUUCUUAGCUACUGAAUUAGUGUAAAUGAAGAAAUUUAGUGGAGUUUAAUUAUUGAAGGGAACCUUGCUUGAGUGGAGUGUGAUUGUAUAUCAGCUUGAUGCAUAUUUAAGACUGGAUUCCAGUAUUUUUGAACUUUAUGAAUCAAAGCUUCAUUGAUUUCCCAAUAUGUAUUCCUUCUAAAAUUAGUUGUCCUAUUGUCCUAACCUCUUAUAAUUUAGGAUAUGCAUGAUUUUACAAAAUAUUGACAUGAUUUUACAAAAUAUAAUCUUUAUGGCUGUGUUACUUUCUAAGGGCAUGCUAGCAAAGCCUGUUGCAAAUCCUUUCUAUAGCUCCAUUGAGAUAUCU